UCGCUCCAGAAACAAGAUGCCUUCCGCGCAUGCCCGCUGGUCGGUCUCAACUGCCGCUGUAGGAAUAGUAAAAUAGCCGUCUCAAGCAAACAAAGUGUCAAAUCCGGAUUUGACGGGGGCUUAUAAACCCAAAGUGACACACAGAGAAACGCAGGAGGAAUUUUAUUUCUUAAAAAUAUAUAUUCUGCUCUCUUUUUUUGGUCACCCAAGGACGGCAGCUACAGCAGGAGGAGGAGUUAGCGGCGUGUUUCCGCUAAGAGCAGGCCGAGACGGUAAUCUAUGCAGCCACACUGAGAAUUACAAAACAGCGGCAGACCAGUUGGCAGCUACUGCGCGAAAUAGUUUGACUGAAAUUUGUUUAAUCUUCGGGGACUUUUGGUUGUUCGUAUCGGGAGGCUAAACAACGAGAGAGUGAGUGGCAGCUGGACUGUCAGCGAUGGAAGCUGAAUUUCGGGAAAUCGAUGAAAACGGCAGCUGGAACGCCAUUUAUCAGGAGAUUCGGCAGCAGUCGAGUGAAUUCCCUUGUAAGGUUGCCAAAUCACCUGAAAACAAGACUCGGAAUCGAUACAGAGACGUUAGCCCGUUUGAUCACAGCAGAAUACGUCUGCAGUUAGGUACAAAUGACUACAUUAAUGCCAGCCUAAUAACAGUAGAAGAGGCACGGAGGAACUAUAUCCUUACUCAGGGACCCCUACCAAGUACUUGUGGCCAUUUCUGGGAAAUGGUGUGGGAGCAGAGGACCCGUGGUGUAGUGAUGCUGAACCGGGUCAUAGAGAAAGGCUCUAUUAAGUGUGCCCAGUACUGGCCAGAGAGAGAGGAGAGAGAUGCCAUCUUCGAAGACACCAAUUUCAAGCUCACCCUCGUCUCUGAAGACAUCAAAUCUUAUUACACCGUCCGUCAGCUGGAGUUGGAAAAUCUGUGUACUCAAGAGACUCGUGAGAUUCUGCAUUUUCACUACACGACCUGGCCCGACUUUGGGGUGCCGGAGUCUCCUGCAUCUUUCCUCAACUUCCUGUUCAAGGUGCGAGAGUCGGGCUGUCUGAAUUCAGACCAGGGACCAGUGGUGGUGCACUGCAGUGCUGGAAUUGGGCGCUCUGGGACCUUUUGCCUCGUGGACACCUGCCUCUUGUUGAUGUCCCUACGUAAAGACCCGUCUUCAGUUCGUAUUCGCGAUGUGCUGCUGGAGAUGCGACGCUAUCGAACGGGCUUGAUUCAGACUGCAGAUCAGCUUCGGUUCUCCUACCUGGCUAUAAUUGAAGGUGCCAAGUACAUCAAGGGAGAUACUUCUGUGCAGGAGUCAUGGAGAGCGCAGUCCAACGAGGAAGAUGAUCCUCCCGAGUUCACCCCUCCUCCUCCUCUUCCUCCUCCCAGAGACCCUCAGAAUGGCAAAGCAGAGCCGUCCUUUUUUCCUGAAGAGAUCAUCCGAGCAACAGAGACCCACAGUCUGGGCUCCUCAGAAAAAGUUCGAAAAAGGAUGCCAGCUGCUGACUCUCAGCCUGCUGCUGACCUCCAGCACGCUCGUGAUGGUGUUGCUCAGUCCGACGGCCAUUUGGAGAUCCACGAUGAUACCUCCUUUCCGAACAAAUCUGAGCAGCAGCCAAAGGAAAACUCUCCCGUGCCGGGGACUUGGUCCCCACUACUAACCAAAGUGUGCCUGUGCACAGCGCUGGCUCUCAGUGCUUUCGCCUGCUAUCGAGCCUAUUUCCACUGAUGCCCUACUUCCCCGUCUCUCCACUGACGUUGCAAAGUGGACAAGGCUGACCAAUCAGCCCGCUUUGACUCUGCUAGGGGGUGGAUUGUUUGGUCUUCAGCAGAUUCACUUCCACUGGUUUUAAUUUUAUAAAUGCCGUGCGAGUGGUUGGCUGGCUGCCGACCUUAUGACCGACCCAAACUUUCUUUCUGUGUGUCAUCUUGGAUGCUCAGGGCCUCAGUUUUUCAGGUGUCACAUCCCAAAUAAUGUGUGCUGGCUUAAACGCAGACUCAGAGGGCUCUGCUGGUCUGUGAAUCAGGAUGAAUGACCUAUCAGCCCAUUUUUUGUCAUGAGUCUCUUCUCUUAUUUACCAAACGACACGUGAAUGUGUUCUUCCAUGUUAUUAGUAAAUCAUGAGCCCGUUAGGAUUUUGCUUUCUUUUCUUUCUUCUUUUGGUUAAACAAACAGAUCAGAAAUUGUAGAACCAGAUUUAUGACCAGCCUGUCUGAAAAUAUGCCAGUGUGGGAGAAACCUUAUUUGUUUUGUUUGUUUGUUCCUUUGCUGUUGGUCAACAUGGAUCCCAAGAGUAAAAUGAAAUCCAGAGCAUGUUGGGGUGGGCCUUGAAUUGUUAUGUGACUCCACUAAUAGCCUGCAGGUUGAGUACAUACAAUAUAUGUGUUUGUGUGUAUAUGUACAUUUGUGUGAGUGGUAGUUUUUAAAUUCUACCCGGUGAAAAAUAUUAAUAUAACAUUUACAGGACAUCAAAUGUGAGAUGUAGACCGGGUUCUCUCCUGGUAUGUGAUUCUUUUUUUUUUCUCUCUCCGUGGUAGCCCAAAAGUGACACAGGAGGAGGGGAAAAAACAACAACAACAACAAAAAAAAAACCAAGGUAGAGUGACGUGUCUCACUCUGUAUUUGUAACGUCUGAGUGAUUUCAACAGCUUGAGAACUUUUAGAAGGUUAUAAACAUUGGGCUUUAGUUCUAGUAUUGCUCACAGUGGAUAAAAUGCGUAACAUAACCGAAACAGAGUUGAUUGACAUUGUAAAAUAAGUGAAUGUGUGUUCAGUUGGUGGAGUGCCAGCUUAAAGACCGGAGAUGCAAAGUAGCCAACGUCCAUCUCUUUUCUCCAGCAAUACAAAUACUCAGCAAUGUGUCGCCCUUUACUAACUCUCGAGUUUGAACGGGGAACCAGGGACUUUGAACAAACCAAAAAUCAAACACCAGCACAGGGAUGAAAAUAAUACACUGUAGUGAUGCUCCAUUGUAUCUUGUCAUGGCCCUGAGCUGGCGAUAUUGUUUUAUAUGAUUAUUAUUUCUUUUAGCAUGCUGCAUUUGUGAAUCAAAAGGUUUAUCCUAAGAAGAGAUUAGUUAAGCUGCUAGCGUUCGUUUACCUUUGGGACUCGACAGCUGUACCUUUCUUUAGAAUGUAUAAUUCUGUAUUAGAUACAGCAUACAACAGAAGUGAGUACACCCCUGCAGACUUUUUUUAAUGUUAAAUUUGUUAUUAUUACUUUACUAUUAGUUUGAAUGCCGUUAGAGUUGUUACGUUACAAAACAAAAGACGCUUCACAGUAGAAACUCUGUGCAAAAGAAGUAAGCACACCUUUGACACAUACCUGACACAGUCGCGUCUGAAUGCUUGGUUUUUGGGCUCUGGUGCGGUGCUCGUGUGUGUGUGGGGGAAAGGACAUUAGCUGUGUUGUGAUUUCUGCUACAUUUCUGUGUGAAAUUAUCACUUGGAGAGAAAUCAACAGGUGGUCUGUUCUCUUAUGUCGCUGCUCGUGAAGUGAAAGUUAGGCCGAUUCUAGAAAGGGUAAGUUGACCGUGACGAGCAAGGAGGAUUCCAGUGGAUGUUUAUCAGAUUGAACAUUAAACGACCUUUAACCUGACAGUUCUCUAUUUGCUGCUCAGUCACAUUUUCAUUGGUUACCGCUGAGUUUUUAAUUUGCGGUGCUUUAACUAUAGCUGGUUUUGUCUCUUUCACAUGAGCUGACAUUUAGGUGAUAUUAAAGAGUGGUGUACUCAUUUCUUUUUAUACUGUACAUAUAUUUUAAAUCAGGUUUCAGUGUGCUGAGUUGGGUUUUUUGUUUCUGCUUUAGCGAGGGAUUAAAUCUCAGCACCUGUGCAGCCGUUGCACCAGGUUUUCCCGUUUUUUCUAUUCUUAUGCUGAGCUCAAAAACAUGUAUUUUUUUAUUUACAUUUGUUAUUUUCCUUUUUAAAUAAAAGAGAAAAAAAGCCCA